AUGAACACCAGCAGGUCCUCCUUACUGCUGCCACCGUCGCCGCCGCUGCUGCUUCUCCUGCUGCUUCUGAGGUCGGCGUUGUCCGUCUCCGGGAGUGACAGAGACGUUAACUGCCCCGCUAUUCAGACCAUCGGUAAAGAAGAACAGUCAGAAAUUAAAACAAGAGAGGAGAAAAGUGGACCGAACAUCACGCUGGAAACAUACAUGUACCCCGAGUCCGGCUUCAGAGGGAUUAGCCUGGAGGCGGUGGUGAACCGGAGCAACUACACCGCUUGGUUCCCGCUACAAAACACUUCCUGCUUCCCUGAUGACUCAGUCGAUUGGUGGAAGGUAUUGGCGAACGCGUUGGUACAGCUGGACAAAAAAUCACACAGACUUACAUUUCAAUUAAAUAUUGGCAAGUGCAAUACUCGGUGUGCCCAAACGAUCCAGUCCAGGAAUCUCUCAAGUCUUCAUAUUGUGGCUCACGGGCCCUCAGGCUGGAGACAAGAAACGCUAGCAGAAGAGAACUGCAAAACAUGGGAGCCGAUGGGGACCUUACAAGUCUCCCUCUGCACAGCCUCUGCCAUCGACACAGAGGACAAAACAGCAUCCACAGAAUUGUCGUCAAUGGAGGUGGCGGUGCCAGCUGCAGCAGGACUGGUAGCGAUGCUGGUGCUGGGGGCUGUGCUGGGUGCUGUGGUACUGAAGCGGAAUCGGCAGGGAAGAGUGACAACGGGGGAAGGAGUCGUGAUGCGGAGAUCCUUAGGCAAGAUGGAGGCGGCGGAGGACAACAGCGAGAUGGUGGUGAUAAAGAACAGCGUGUACGAGGCUACGAGCCCUUCGAGAACUUCCAACUUUCCCAGCCACCGGACCAAUAAAGGAGAACAGUGAUGAAGGUGAUGAUGAUGAUGAUGAUGAUGAUGAUUAGGAGGAGGAGGAGGAGGAGGAGAUGGGGGAAAACAAUUGAAGGCUGGAGAAGACAAAGAAGAAAAAGAAGGAACACUGACACCUUUGAUUUCUCCACUCUGGCGUCCCAUGAUAUGUGUCCAUUUGGUGCACCCCAGAAGACAGGAGAGUGGAAUAGUAAUAUUUAACUUGAUUCAUCCACACAUUGCUGCAGUGUCUGUUAGGUCACCUGGACAGGAGAGGGAGAACUGUUCCACAUGGUAAUAUUUAACUUGAUUCAUCCUCCGAUUGCGGGCAGAGCGUCUCUUUGAGCAGACUGAUCUCAUGAUGGUCUAUGGCUCUAUGCCAUGUUAAUGUGCGGGUGCCUAUCGUUUGACGCGUAAAGUGAAUUUUGCGUAACCUCAACAUUUCCCACAAUGAUGCACAGCAAAACAAGAGGCUCGGCAUCAUUUUCUUUGAUAAUAAUAUAUAUAAACUUGGGUGGGAGAGAUCCCGACAAGCAGUCAACAAAAGACACGCUACCAUGUUAAAAUUCAUGUAUAUAUACAGGAUGGGAUGUCUCAGGAUACGGGGAUGUUUGACGACACCACACCGGGCCGGCGUGACGAGGCUCCAUACAAGAGCUGAUCACAGAGCCGAAAGUGGGAAGAGUAUCGUUGAGGCUUAUCUCAUCCUACCUACGAAGGUGAGACAGACGUAUGGAUGGGAAGGGAAGCUGGUGACUAACGCGUUCCCAGCAGGUACCCUGUGCAGGCUGAUUGGCCUCUUGUGUCCUCUUAUAUCCUUGCUUGUAUACUCGUAUUACUCUGCUUUUACCUCUGUCAGGCGGGAGUGUUGAGACCUCUGUCAGGAGGGAGUGUUAAGGCGUACGUCUGUCCAAGGUUGAUCACUGUUUGUCUUGUUGCAGGAGCAGUGCGUUGGGAUUAUUCUAAUUAUUUUGUUUCACCAACCUAUUUAUGUUGCUAUCUGUGCUGGGGCGACACUCGAUCCUACAUCUGUUUGUUGGACUAUUAUACUGAUGAUUUGCUUUAUUUCAAAUAUAAAUGAUUAAAUAACC